CGUCCCCGCGGCCGUGCGCGCCGCCGCUGCCCGGCGGGAGCGGAGCGAGCGGAGCGGAGCGAGCGGAGCCCCGGCCCCGGCCUCGGGCCCCCGGCCCCCCCGGCCCCCGGCAGUGCAUGAGGCUGGUGUUUGCCCAGGAAACCCCCAGCGCCUGCUCUGACGCCCGAGGCAGCGCCGGGAGCCAUGUCGGGUUCCUAUGACGAGUCGGCAUCGGCCGCCGAGGAAACAACCGACAGCUUCUGGGAGGUGGGGAACUACAAGCGCACGGUGAAGCGGAUCGACGAUGGACACCGGCUCUGCAAUGACCUCAUGAACUGCGUGCACGAGCGGGCCAAGAUCGAGAAGUCCUACGCCCAGCAGCUCACCGACUGGUCCAAGCGGUGGAGGCAGCUCAUCGAGAAAGGUCCCCAGUAUGGCAGCCUGGAGAAGGCGUGGGCCGCGAUCAUGACGGAGGCGGACAAGGUGAGCGAGCUGCACCAGGAGGUGAAGAACAGCCUCCUGAACGACGACUUCGAGAAGGUCAAGAACUGGCAGAAGGACGCCUACCACAAGCAGAUCAUGGGGGGCUUCAAGGAGGCCAAGGAGGCUGAGGAUGGCUUCCGGAAAGCCCAGAAGCCCUGGGCCAAGAAGCUCAAGGAGCUGGAGACAGCCAAGAAAGCCUAUCACCUGGCAUGCAAGGAGGAGAAGCUGGCCAUGACCCGCGAAGCCAACAGCAAGGCGGAUCAGUCCAACACUCCAGAGCAGCAGAAGAAGCUCCAGGACAAAGUGGAAAAGUGCAAGCAAGACGUGCAGAAGACUCAGGAGAAGUACGAGAAGGUGCUGGACGAGCUGAACAAGUGCACCCCGCAGUACAUCGAGAGCAUGGAGCAGGUCUUCGAGCAGUGCCAGCAGUUCGAGGAGAAGAGGCUCAACUUCCUCAAGGAAAUGCUCCUGGACAUCAAGCGGCACCUGAACCUGGCCGAGAGCAGCAGCUACGCCAACGUGUACCGGGAGCUGGAGCAGACCAUCCGCAUGUCGGACGCACAGGAGGACCUCCGGUGGUUCCGCAGCACCAGCGGCCCCGGGAUGCCCAUGAACUGGCCCCAGUUUGAGGAGUGGAACCCGGACCUGACGCACACGAUAACGCGGAAGGAGAAGCAGAAGAAGGGCGAGGGGGUGGCCCUGACCAACGCCAGCAGCGCGGGCGACACGGGGGCUCAGGCGGGCGAGCGCGGGAGCGUGAGCAGCCACGACCGCGGGCAGACCUACAGCGCCGAGUGGUCCGAUGACGAGGGCAGCAACUCCUUCAACACCAGCGAGGCCAACGGCGGCGCCAACCCCUUCGACGAGGAGUCGGCGGGGAAGGGCGUGAGGGUGCGGGCUCUGUACGACUACGACGGGCAGGAGCAGGAUGAGCUCAGCUUCAAAGCAGGUGAUGAACUAACCAAACUCGGUGAGGAAGACGAGCAGGGGUGGUGCAAAGGGCGCUUGGACAACGGGCAGCUGGGGCUGUACCCCGCCAACUACGUGGAGGCAAUCUAAGUCUUGUGGUGUGCUCCUCGUCACCGUCAGCAGAUAAAUCCACCCUCCGUUGUCUCCAUCUCUCCACCAGCCAACCAGCCAUUCUGCCGUCUGGUCCUUCACUCCUCACCCUUAGAGAUUCAGACAUAUUUUCCGACCAAGCUUUUAUUUUUUUAA